AGCACUACCGCGAGUCUUAAGCAAGCCAAGAUCAUCCAGCGGUCGAUCGUUCAGCUAGCUCCGAUCAGCGUACAACGACAACCGGCGGCGAUGGGCUCCGUCACCGUGUCGACGACGACUGGGGCGGCGUCCGGCAACAAGGAGCGCGAGGGCGCGGAGAUCAUCACGGGCGCGGAGGCGUGCUUCAACCACUCCAAGGAGCUGCUCAAGGCGCUGGGGUUCCCGGGCGGGGUGAUGCCGCUGCGGGGGCUGGAGGAGUGCGGGCUGGUGCGGGAGACCGGGUUCGUGUGGAUGAGGCAGAAGGCCCCCUACGAGCACUACUUCCGCGGCACGGGCACGCGGGUGCGGUACGACGCGGAGGUGACCGCGUACGUGGAGGACGGGCGGAUGAAGCGCAUGACGGGGGUGCGCAGCAAGCAGGUCAUGCUGUGGGUGCCCAUCGUCGAGAUGAGCCUCGACGGCGCCGCGCGCGACAGGAUCUACUUCAAGUCCGCCGUCGGGAUCGGCCGCUCCUACCCAGCCGCCGCAUUCGCCGACGAGGAGGAGGAGGAGGAGGAGGAGGGCGACAAGCCCGCCGCCGCCGCCGCCGAUGCCAGCAAAGAGUGAGGGAGGCGGCGUCGACACGGCGUUUGUUGCGGACGGUGGUGCAUGUGUGUUUACGAGCUGUGAGUACGUGACGCGUCUCGCGCGUGAUGAUACGUCUAUCUUUAAUUUUCUUUGCGACUUGUGAAUUUGUUUGCUUCUCCAUUGCCAGUUUACCACGGUUGAUACGUGACGACGUGGAUAAUAAUAAUCGAGCAAGUCUGAUUA